AUGUAUUUGGUGGACGGCAAAGGAGGUGCAAUAGCAUGCAUGCUUCUUUCUCUAUUUUUCUUGGGAACAUGGCCUGCCAUUUUGACUUCACUGGAAAGACGGGGCCGUCUUCCUCAACACAUUUACCUCGAUUAUACGAUCACGAAUCUGUUGGCUGCUGUUAUUAUUGCUUUCACAUUUGGUGAAAUCGGAAAGAGCGCAACUGAAAAACCAGAUUUCUUAAAUCAACUAUUUCAGGAUAACUGGCCUAGCGUAUUGUUUGCAAUGGCAGGUGGGAUUGUCCUCAGCCUCGGAAACCUGGCAACUCAAUAUGCAUGGGCAUUUGUGGGUUUGUCAGUGACCGAGGUGAUUUCUUCGAGCAUAACUGUUGUUAUAGGAACAACCUUAAAUUACUUCUUAGAUGACAAAAUUAACAAAGCAGAGAUUCUUUUUCCUGGUGUUGGAUGCUUUUUGAUUGCUGUUUGUCUUGGAUCUGCUGUGCAUGCGUCCAAUGCUGCAGAUAAUGAAGCCAAGCUUUCUAGAUUCUCAAAUGAUUACAAAGAUGGGACGCCGAUAGAGGAUGAGUCUGUCUCCAAGAUGACAUAUGCAAACAGGGAAGAUUCGGGAAACGAAAUUGGUACCAUUGAGAAGGCUAAGUUUGGGACUGCACAUUUUCUCAUGGAGCUUGAGAAAAAAAGGGCGAUUAAGGUUGUUGGAAAGGGCACUUUCAUUGGCUUGGCGAUAACUUUUUGUGCCGGACUUUGCUUCUCUCUCUUCUCACCAGCAUUUAAUUUGGCGACUAAUGAUCAGUGGCAUAUUCUGAAAGAUGGUGUUCCCCACUUAAAUGUCUAUACUGCAUUUUUUUACUUCUCAGUAUCCUGUUUUGUGAUCGCCGUUAUUCUAAAUAUCAGUUUCAUGUAUAACCCUGUUCUGAACUUGCCCAAAUCGUCAUUCAAGGCCUACGUAUCAGACUGGAAUGGUAGAGGGUGGGCCCUUUUGGCCGGAUUUUUGUGUGGGUUCGGAAAUGGUCUUCAAUUUAUGGGAGGUCAAGCUGCAGGAUAUGCUGCAGCAGAUGCAGUUCAGGCACUUCCAUUCGUCAGCACGUUUUGGGCUAUCCUUCUGUUUGGGGAGUACCGGAGAUCAUCAAGAAGAACAUACAUAUUUCUCAUAAGCAUGUUGUUAAUGUUUAUCGUGGCCGUUGGCGUCCUCAUGGCUUCAUCAGGGCAUCGUAAGUAA